CAAAAGCCGAGUUGGGCAGAAUGCACCCGAGCAAGGCUGGCUAUAAAUAAGCCAGGUAACACGGGCAAUCUAUGAUAGAGUAAUCCAAGAUAAGGCCGAUCUGACGAAAUGGCUUCACCUUUGACUUUGCUUGCCGAGGAGUUGUUGGAGAAUUGCAAGGCGUUGGAUGCGUAUAAUGAGGCAAAUGGCCGAAAGCCAGCGUCGUUUGAUUAUGAUACCUUUGUUGAUCUGCCCUUGGAUGUGGAGAAUCGGCGGAUGGAAGUCGUCGAUCAAGCGCAGGAUCUGAAGAGACUUGCACAGGGGUCUACUGAUCUUUUUGUGGAACUGGGGAGUUCGUUCAACGACGCCGCCAACUUCCACUACAUCUACCACUACAACAUCCCCAAAUACGUGCCUGCCGAGGGCGACAUUUCCUAUACGGAACUCGCCUCCGCUACGGGUCUAGACGAGAUCAUGCUCCGUCGCAUGAUCCGCAUGGCGAUUAUGAAUCGCGUCUUUGCAGAAACUGACGGCCGCGUUCGGCACUCUGCUGCGUCGAGGGUUUUGCAUGAUGAGCCUGGUGCUAUGGAUGCGGCGGGAUUUUUGCUUGAGGAGAUGUUUCCCAGCGCCCCCAGAAUGGUCGAAGCAAUGAACAAAUACCCCAACUCGGGCGAGCCAACCGAGUCACCAUUCAACCUCGCCUUCAACACCAGUCGACCUUUCUAUCUCGAACUCGCUGCGACCCCUGAACGGUCCAGACGGUUCGGAUCCGCCAUGCGCUGGUUAUCGAAGGGGGGCCGGUUCUCUGAUCACCACAUGGUGCGCGGGUACGACUGGGCGACUAUCGAUCAUGAAGAUGCCGUGCUAGUCGACGUAGGCGGCGGCCACGGCACAGUCUCCAUCGCCCUGGCCAAUGCCACACAGAAGAUGAAGUUCGUGGUACAGGAUCUCCCUCUUACGACUGAGCAGGGCGCGAAGAUGCUGGCCGAGGAAUUGAAGGAGAGAGUAUCAUUCAUGCCGCAUGACUUCUUCGCCGAAAACCCCGUCAAAGGGGCCGAUGUGUACUUUUUCAGAUACAUCCUGCAUAACUGGUCUGACAAGUAUGCGGAGCGGAUUCUAAAGGCCGUCGUGCCGGCCAUGAAAGUCGGUUCGAGAAUUGUCUGUUAUGAGUUUUUGCCGGGGGAUGGGCCGACGACGGCGUGGUCGGAGAAGCAGCCGUACAACAUGGACAUACUCCAGAUUAUGGGGUAUAAUUCGAUUGAACGGACGUCGUCGGAUUGGGAGAGAUUGUUCAGGUCGGUGGACUCGCGGUUGAAGUAUCUCGGUACUAGGACGCCGCCUGGAUGUUCGCUUUCUUUUAUCGAGGCGCAAUUGGAUGUUUAAUAGUAUAUCUAGUAGUCUAGUUGAUAUCUAGAAUCAGUCACUGCAGACUGCGAUAUCCAUGGAAUCACUCUUUUCAGACGCAACCAAAGAGCUGUCUUCAGAAAAUAAGAGCAUCUUCUUCAACUCUUCAAAUUUGCCUAUGCAAAACUAUGCCCGCUGCACUCUAACUGCC